AUGGUCCAGCAUCAUAUCCUGGCCAACUCGCUAGGUCAAGGCACAAUUCCCCAUACCCUAACGCAUACCCCCGGGCACUCACAGACUCAUUUCGACCAUCGAGGCUCGAUUUCAACGGAACGCACAUCAUUUAGCGACUUGAGUAAGCGGGGGGAUAGCUUGGACGUUCUACCGGAAGAGCCCAUGCAGCCGAGGCUAGUGAAAAAGACGCGGGGGUCGUACAAACUAGCAGAUUUUGUGAUUCAAAGGACACUCGGGACGGGAAGCUUUGGGCGGGUGCAUCUCGUGCAAAGCAAACACAAUCUCCGAUUCUACGCCAUCAAGGUGCUGAAUAAGGAGAAGGUGGUGAAGAUGAAGCAGGAAGCGCACACGAACAACGAGCAGCAUAUCUUGGAGUGCAUCCAGCAUCCGUUCAUCGUGAAUCUAUGGGGGACGUUCCAAGACUGCACGAAUCUGUACAUGGUGAUGGAUUUCGUCCCUGGCGGGGAAUUGUUCACGCUGCUACGGAGAUCUAACAGGUUCCCGGACCCAGUGGCGAAAUUCUACGCGGCAGAGGUGGCGCUGGCGCUGAACUAUCUGCAUAGUCUGGACAUCAUAUAUCGGGACCUCAAGCCUGAAAACAUACUGCUUAAUAUUGACGGGCACAUCAAAGUCGCAGACUUUGGGUUCGCGAAGAGCUGUGAUACAACGACGUGGACGCUGUGCGGGACGCCCGACUACCUCGCACCUGAGAUCAUACAGCAGCAGCGAUACAACAAAUCCGUGGACUGGUACGCUCUAGGCAUCCUCAUCUUCGAGAUGCUUUCCGGGCUCCCGCCGUACCACCAACCCGACGCCAACCCCGUCCUCCUGUACGAAAAGAUCACGCGUGGCCCCGCCUUCAUAAGGUGGCCGACCUUCCAGCCCCUUGCGACAGAUCUGAUAUUGAAGCUGAUGGAGAGCGAUCCCAGCAAGCGGUACGGCAACAUGAGAAGCGGGGCGGGGGAUGUGUUUUCGCAUGGCUGGUUUAAGGAGGUCGAUUGGGUCAGGCUGAAUGCGCGAGAGAUUACGGCGCCGUAUUUGCCUAAAGUUAGAAGCGAUGGCGAUGCCUCAGCUUUUGAGAUGUAUGCAGAAGACGAUUCGGCCAAGUUGUACGGCGUACCAGCGAACGAUCCCUACGGGCCGCUAUUCACAGGCUUCGAAUAUUCCGCGACGCCUGUAUCGCAGAUGGCGCAUAUACACGUAUAG